AUGAUCCACGAAAGCUGCCUGUGGUGGCGGGAGAAGACAAGCGCAAAACGUCGUUGCGAAGGUCGUUCAACGACCGAAGGCGAGAUCGUCAACCUACAACAAGCCCGUGAUGCCACUGCUUUGGGACAUACCUUGUCCAUCAGGCAUGCUCUCCGGUUCUACGCUCCAGCCAUUCUCUGGACUUUUCUGUUCAGCACAGGCAAUGUCAUGGUCGGCUUCGAUCCUCAACUUACGGGCAUCCUGAUCGCCAUCCCGCAAUUCCAGAGACAGUACGGCCAGUUUUUCAAUGGUUCGUACGUUGUAAAAGCGGAAUGGCAAUCUGCUUUCAAUCUGGGCGCUCCUCUGGGAGCCGUCCCCGGCUUGCUCCUUGCAGAGCUGAUGGAUGGACUGCUCAUCGGCGGCUACACCGUCGUCGUCCCGACUCAUAUUUCGGAAAUCGCCCCUGCGGUCCUUCGUGGCAUCGCCACAGCCUUGAUCAACAUUUUCCAGGUGAGCGGCCAACUUAUUUGCAGUGCGGUCCUCCAUGCCACACGCAGUCGUAAAGACCGGUGGAGCUACGUGCGGAAAUGCAAGGACAACGAGCAGGCUCGCAAGGCCCUCGACCGCUUGACGACAAAGGGCAUCGACACAGAUACCUUGUUAGCGAACAUUAUCCUCACAAUUCAGCUCGAAGAAGCACAACAUGACGAAGUCCGCUGUGUCGACUUGUUCAAGGGGUCAGACCGCCGCCGCACUAUCAUCUCCACGCCCAAGUUUUCAGUGGCACGGCUUUUGUCAUUGGCUAUUGCGUCCAACGCCUUUGGACUUGGUUUGGCGUCCUAG